CCAGCGCAGCAGCCUGCAUCAGGUUGUGGGGAGAACCUUUCCACUGCCACCCACCUGAAGAGGUCUCCAAACUUGCUCCUCAGGUGGCUGCAGGACACGUAGAGAUCAUAGAGAGGACACAAAAGCAGAAGCUCCGAGAGGGUCACCUGGGGCUCGCAGCUGUCUCUGGCUAUCCGGCCAGCUCAAAGCCAGAGGGAGGUCUGAGCUUCAGAACUGGGAUGUGCAGCUGCUCCUCCAGCAGCUCCCUUCUCCAAGGGAUCUACAGACGGGUUGUCCUGCCUGCCCCCAUGGUGAGGAGAUAGAGGAAGCACCAGCAACCCUCCUCCAGCAGCAGCAGCUCCCACCACAGCCACUCCUGGCUCCUCAGCAGCAGCUACGGGAGAGGAGGAAAAGCCAAAGUGCAAAUGAAAGCCACAACCAACUUCAGCGGCCCUGGAAACGACAGCAGCUGCCCCAGCGACAGCAGAGUCAGCCAAGUCAUCUUCCCUUUGCUCUACACCAUCCUGUUCCUGGUGGGCAUCACCAUGAAUGGCCUGGCCAUGUGGGUCUUCUUCAAGGUCUCCAGCAAAUCCCACUUCAUCAUCUUCCUCAAGAACACUGUCAUCUCCGACUUCCUCAUGACCCUCACCUUCCCGUUCAAGAUCCUGAGCGAUGCCAAGCUGGUGUCCUGGGUGCUGAGAGGGUUUGUGUGCCAGGUCACCCAGGUGGUCUUCUACUUCACCAUGUACAUCAGCAUUCUCUUCCUGGGCCUCAUCACCAUUGACCGCUACCAGAAAGCCACCUCACCCUUCAGGACCUCGACGCCCAGGAGCCUCCUGGGGGCCAAGAUCCUGUCCACAGCCAUUUGGAUAUCCAUGUUUGUCCUCUCCUUGCCCAACAUGAUCCUGUCCAACAAGAAGCAGACGCCCAGGAACGUUAAGAAGUGCGCCCUGCUGAAAUCGGACCUGGGCUUGGUCUGGCACGAGGUGGUGAACUACAUCUGCCAGCUCAUCUUCUGGCUCAGCCUGGCAGUCAUAGUGGUCUGCUACAUCCUCAUCAGCAGGGAGCUCUACAAGUCCUACAGGAGGACCAGAGGCACGGGCAAGGCAUCCAAAAAGACUGUCAAGGUGAAGGUGUUCAUCAUCAUCGCGGUCUUCUUCGUCUGCUUCGUGCCCUUCCACUUCACCAGGAUCCCCUACACCCUGAGCCAGACGCGGGACGUCUUCGAGUGCUCCGCUCGCAGGACCCUCUUCUACCUGAAGGAGAGCACGCUCUGGCUGACCUCUCUCAACGCCUGCCUGGACCCCUUCAUAUAUUUUUUCCUCUGCAAAUCCUUCAGGAAGUCCUUGCUGGACACGCUGUGCAAGCACACAGCCUCCUUAGAGCUCGGGGCACAGACGAAGGAGCAAAACGAGAGAGACGACACAGACGAGACGCCGGCCUAAGGGCUCCCCACACCCUUUCCUGGCCAGGGGUGCUGUUUCCUGCUGGGUGGAAGCAGCACAAAUCCUGCAAAGAAGAUCUAAUUUCACCAGCCUCUUGGGGAAAAAAAACCAACUGUGCUCCAGAUGAAGCAAACCACCCUGGAACGAACACCACUGGUGAAAGCAGAAGGCUUGAACACAAGGGCACCACCUGGUGACACCCUCCAGGCUCGUUUGACCCCCCUGGGAGGAAAUUUCAACUUGGAGUUUGGAGCUGGGAAGGGGAAAAAAAAACCAACAUGAAUUUAAGAGAGUCUUGAAAUGCUAGAGAUGAGAUGAUGAACUGCCAAGGCCAGAGGAAGGGUCCAUGGAAGCAGAAGGUGUGGGGAACGCAGCUAACAUCUGUAUAAACACAGGGGAGUUGCCACCUGGUUGUGACCAGGAGCCAAACAGAGCCGGGGGGACAGGUGUAGGGGAGCUAUUUACCUCUGCAGGGUUUGGUAACACAGUAACACUUUGCUUAUCUCAUUAAGUGCUUGCAAAUCUUAAUCCACUGACCAAUAAUUACUAGCUGUAUGUCAGAGGAAAUCAUUUCAUCCUUGGGCUUAUCUUGAUGUGAGUUAAACCUUCACAGUCUUCACCUUGCUGUAUGAAUAAACACAA